AGAGAAAACGAACGAAAAAUACGUAGAGAGAGAAGUAGAGAUGAAGAGAGACAAAACAAACAAUGGUUGUGUAGGACUGCACCACCAACCUGAGCAUCUGCCGCUGCCAUUCCAGCAUUGAGCAGGAGCCUAAAAAACAAAUUCAGAGAGAGAGAGAGAGAGAGCGAGAAGUAACUCUCUUUCUCCAUUUCUAGAGAGAGAGAGCGCUCAAAAACCUUCCAUCCUAUUUGGGUUUUUCCCCACUGAAAUGCCAAAGCCAUGGGUGACCCAAACACCGCAGUAGUAGUGGCUCAAGAACAAUCAGGCCCCUCUUCUUCUUCUCCCAAUGCACCAAGAGAAUACAGGAAAGGGAACUGGACUCUCCAUGAAACCAUGGUGUUAAUCAGAGCAAAGAGAAUGGAUGAUGAGAGAAGAAUGAAAGGAGGAGAUAGAGAGAGGAACAAAACUGCCGAGCUCCGAUGGAAAUGGGUUGAGAAUUAUUGUUGGCAGAAUGACUGCCUCCGAAGCCAAAACCAGUGCAACGACAAGUGGGAUAAUCUCUUGAGAGAUUACAAGAAAGUGAGAGAUUACGAGGCCAGAAGGGCUGAAGAACCAGGAGGUGGUGCUCCUUCUUAUUGGCAAAUAGAGAAACAAGAGAGGAAAGAGAAGAAUUUGCCCUCAAAUAUGGUGGCUGAGGUUUUUGAGGCUCUUAAUGAAGUGGUGAAUAAGAGGUGUAAUCCCAAUGUUCAAAGGGCAUUGCCUCCUAUUCAGCAGCAACUUCCACCACCACCUCCUCCUCCUGCUCCUCCACCACCACCACCACCUUCACAACCAUUUUCAGGUGAUAUCUAUGAGAGUUCAGAUUCAGAUCACACUGAGAAAACUGAUUCAGAGGCCAAGAGGAGGAAGCUCAAGAACUUGGGGCCAAGCGUGGUGAGAAGUGCAUCAAUGCUUGCACAAACUAUGCUCACAUGUGAAGAGAAGAGAGAGAAAAGACACAGAGACAUUAUAGAGAUAGAAGAGAAGAAGCUUCAAAUGGAGGAGAGAAGAACCGAGAUGAAUAGACAGGGGUUUUCGGGCCUCGUUUCAUCUGUGAAUAAUCUCUCUAACGCCAUUCUUGCCCUGGUCUCCAAUAGAAAUGAUGGGAAAUAAGAAACCCAACAAAUUUUUAUGUUGAGAAUCAUUUGUAUAAAAACAAUUGGCCCUCAUUUUUAUAGGGAGGUAUUCUUAGUGUUUCAAGUGUUUGGGGUUUUACUUUCUCACUCAUCAACUCUUGGGUUCUUAUCACUCA